GAUGUUUCAUCAACAACAACUACACGGCUACUGAUUCAACCACCUCGGGAGCUUACUAGCCAACAUAAAACUGAAACAUUGAAUCCCUGAAUAAUUGUAUAACUACACGAAUCCCAGUGUUUUAAACACAGCGCUGUUAAUGUAUGUACUAGUUGAUAAAAUACUUAAUUCGCUUGCUAAAUUUGCUACGGAGCCUAGCACCAGGGUAGUCGAUAAUGCUAGCUAGCUAACAUCCCCGACCAUGAACUCACAAAGUUAUUCCUCCCCUGCUGAAGAAGAGGUCUGCUGGAUGGAGAAAGAAGCUCUUAGGCUGAACGUUGUCGUAAAAGAGGAAGAUGAUGCUAUUACAGUGAAAGGAGAGGAAGAAACAUUCAGAAUGAAAAAAUAUAAAAUGGAGGCUAUCACGUUGAAAGAAGAAGAGGAUGUUAAAGUGAAAGAAGAGAAAAUACCGUUUGUUGUGAAAAAGGAAGAGGGGAUCGAGGCUGUCACAUUGAAAGAAGAGGAGACUGAAUAUCUGAUUAACACAAAGCCCAACACGAGGCAAUACGCUAUUUUCUGGCCCUCCCAGAGCUCUACAUUGAAAGAGGACAUCAGAAAGAUACAGGAAGGAUCUAGUGUGGCACCCGUGAGUCCCAGACAGUUUGGUGGUGAUGAUGACGACGCCAUUCACUGCAACGGAGAACGGGACAUGAAGGACACCGAUUGGUUUCCUAGCAACAGACUGGAGGCGGAGUCGGCUCCAGAGAAGCACAAGCCAGCGCAGAGGGAGGGUGGUAACACAUCUCUCCCACACCCCUCCCCUGUCCCCGAGUCCCCGGGUCGUGCCUCUCCCGGUGGCGCCUUAAUGUGGGGUCUGAAGGGGGUGUCUGUGCGGCUGGUGGACUGCAGGAAAACAACGUGGCUGAGUGGAACUGUGAGAGGAGGAGAAGAGGGUGAUUCAAUGUCAUCAAGUAAGAACAACGGAGAAAGACCAGACUCAGAGGAACCAGAGACAUCAGCAAGACGACACCACUGCUCGCAGUGUGGAAAGAGUUUUACCCGGCUAUUACACGUGAAAAGACAUGAGAAGACACACACAGGAGAAAAGCCUUUCCACUGCUCUCAUUGUGGACAGAGUUUUACCAGGUUAUGUAGCCUGAAAAGACAUGAAAGGACACACACAGGAGAAAAGCCUUUCCACUGCUCCCAGUGUGGAAAGAGUUUUACCCGUUUAUGGCACUUGAACAUGCAUGAGAGAAUGCACACAGGAGAGAAGCCUCACGGCUGCUCCGAUUGUGGAAAGACUUUUACCCAAUCAUGUCACCUGAAAAUGCAUAAGAGAAUGCACACAGGAGAAAAGCCCUUCCCCUGCUCCCAUUGUGGAAAGAAUUUUGCCUGGAUAGGGAACCUGAAAACUCACGAGAGGACACAUACAGGAGAGAAGCCUUUCCACUGCUCCUUUUGUGGAAAGAGUUUUACUCAGGUAGGGGGGUUGAUCAAACAUAAGAGAAUACACAAAGGAGAGAAGCCUUUCCACUGCUCCCUGUGUGGAAAGAGUUUUACUCAGUUAUGGACUUUAAAAACACAUCAGUGGACACACAGAGAAGAAAAGCCUCACACCUGCUCCCAGUGUGGAAAGGGUUUUGUUACAUUACGGGGCCUGAAAAAGCAUGAGAGAAUACAUACAGGGGAGGAGAAGCCUUAUCAAUGCUCUCAUUGUGGGAAAGGUUUCGGACGAUCAGGGUAUCUAAAAGUGCAUGAAAGAAUGCACACUGAAGAGAAACAAUAUCAAUGCUCCCAGUGUGAAAAUACAUUCUUCUCACCAGGGGACCUGAAAAAACAUGAGAAAACACACUCUGUAGAGAGGCCUUUCCAAUGUUCCCAGUGUGGAAAGAGAUUUAUUAAGUCAUCACAUCUGAAAGAGCACACAAGAAUACACACAGGAGAAAAUCCAUUCCAAUGCUCUCAUUGUGGAAAGGGUUUUAACAGGUUAAGGAGACUGCAAACACAUGAGAUGACACACAGGAAAAUAGCUUUUCCACUGCUCCCAGUGUGGAGAGUUUCACCCAGUCAAGAUACCUGAAAAAAGCAUGCGCUAACACACUAUGCAGAGAAGCCUUGAAAGAGAGAAGCUAUUCCACUGCUCCCAGUGUGGAAAAAUAUUUACCUAGUUAGGGAACCUGAAAGACCACGGUCCCCACACUGGGGAGUUGCCUUACAUCUGCUCCCAGUGUGGAAAGAGAGAUUUCACAUAAACACAGGCAGUUUAGCUAGGUAGUUGGCUAGGUAAUUAAACUAGCUAGCUGGCUAGGUAGUUAAGCUGGCUAGGUAGUUAAGUUAGCUAGCAGAGAGAACCGUCUAUGACUAGGGUGCCUGGAGUCUUUGACAAUUUUUGGGCCUUCCUCUGACACCGCCUGCUAUAGAGGUCCACCGCCUGGUAUAGAGGUCAUGACGUGCCCUUGGGAGGAGGGGGGAUCAUAACCCCCCCCCCCCCCCCCCCCUUGCUCUCUCUCUCUACACAGUUCUAUGACGGUCUUAAGUACUCUGUUUCUGGGUCUGUAGAAUUGGAAUUGGAAUAUGUGACUGUGGGACACAGGGAGAGACUUGGCCAAACUUCUUCAUUCAAAAGGUUGAAUGAUGAAACCGUAUUUCUGUAAAUCCGGACGGUUCGAAUGGUCGGUGGGAAAUCAAGGAAUGACCAUGUCGAAUUUGUUUCAUUUGGCGACCUCAUGAAAGACAGGAGACCCACAUUACUGUAUGUUUGUUUGUAUACACUUCUCAACUAUGGGGUUUGUAUCUGAAUGUUGUAUAAAAUAAAUGAUUAAGCAUAAGAAUACUUUUGAAAAGAUAACAAUUUGAUUUUAGUGUUCUAAAUGAGAAUUGUUUUUCAUAACUUAUGAUCAGGCAGUGGCCACGCCCCCCCCCCCCCCCCCCCCCCCCC